CGAAGUCACCGACUGAGUUAUAAAUGUUAUAAUUUCCCGAAAAAUUGUAAUAGUUUUACUUGAAAUACAUUAUUUAUCACUAAAGAAGCAAUCAUUUUAGUGAUAAACAUAUAUUACGGCAAUAUGUGCAAUGUACUAUUCUUGUUUUGAGUGAAUAUUGCAAUUUAUUUUCAUGAAUUAAAUCAUGGAAGAAUAUGUCCCUGUUAGUCACGAACCUCUCGAUGUUUGCACCGUUUUCAUAAAGGAGGAGCAAGACGAGGAUUUGGAGACAGUAGAAACAUUAGAUCAAUAUGAUAUAAAAAUUGAAAGGGAUUAUUUUGUGGACAAUGGAGACGGUGAACCGACUUCUCUUGAUUCAAACCUAAGACCACCAGACUCUCCAAAAACAUACACCUGCGAAAUCUGCACCAAACAGUUCUCCCAAAAACGCUACAUGACCGCGCACCGCCAAAGACAUCCAGAGUUCAAAGACCUAGCCCUCAAACUCCAAGAGGAGAAGCUACGACUCGAGCAAGCCAAGAAACAACAGCAAUUCAUCUGUCUAUACUGUCAGAAGGAGUUCUGCAACCGUUCAACAGUCAACCGUCAUAUGAAAAUUCAUACAGAUGAUAAACCAGUGUCAAAAGACUAUAUUUGUGACAUUUGUCAAAAAGCAUUUGCACAUAAAAGAGAUGUUAGAGUCCAUUUACGUGUACACACGGGGGAGAAACCGUACAAAUGCAACACGUGCAGUAAAAGGUUCUCCCAACUGGCCAGUUUGCAGUAUCAUGCCCAAGGUCAUUCGAAAAUCAAACCAUAUCCAUGCGAUAUGUGCAAUAAGCAGUUCUUAAGGCGCAUCAGUUUAGAACGUCACAAGAAAAUUCAUUCUGGAAUCAGACCCUUCAAAUGCCAGUUGUGUGAAAAAGCUUUCACGCAAAAGCGACAUUUAGUACAGCAUAAUCGGUUACACACAAAAUAUAAGCACAGAAAAGUGGGUUCUAAGUUCGGUCGACGUAAGGGUGCUUUUGCUGUUAACGCUAUUGCCACUUGAAGAUUUGUUUUAGAUAAAGUUUUGUUGUAUUUAAAUAAACCUAAUCAUGAACCCCAUUUGUUCCCGCCGGGCACAGAUGAAAAUAGCCGCUUCAUAUUAAUUAUUCCCAUCGUCAAUCAUUCCUCGCCUCAUGUAUGGCGGCGGUCACGUGGGCCGGGGACAAAUGGGAAUACACCAAAUCAUGGUUAGUCAAUGGAAAUUCCAAAAUGGUCGUCCCAUUCAUACUUACAGCUGCUGAUGUACUUACGUCUUUUACAAAAUGUCAUUAAAAAUAAAACUACAAUCAUUUAACUAAAAUAUUUUUUUUUUAAAUAAAUAAUUAAUUGAAUUAA